UGCGCGCCUGCGUCCAGCUCUCCUAGUAUCCACCGCCUCUGCCGCUUCCUCCUUCUGGAACCGGCUCCUUGGCCCCGUCCCGGGGACCCACCCAGGCGGCCGCGGCGCCCGUGACAGGAAGGCGGAAGGGGCCGGAAACGUGGCGUACGCAAUGGGGCUCUUUGGAAAGACGCAAGAGAAGCCUCCCAAGGAACUGGUCAAUGAAUGGUCGUUGAAGAUCAGAAAAGAAAUGAGAGUAGUUGACAGGCAAAUAAGAGAUAUACAGAGAGAAGAAGAAAAAGUGAAGCGAUCUGUGAAGGAUGCUGCCAAAAAAGGCCAGAAGGAUGUCUGUGUGAUUCUAGCCAAGGAGAUGAUCAGAUCAAAAAAGGCUGUGAGCAAACUGUAUGCAUCAAAGGCACAUAUGAAUUCUGUUCUCAUGGGCAUGAAGAACCAACUGGCUGUCCUUCGAGUGGCCGGCUCCUUGCAGAAGAGCACGGAAGUGAUGCGGGCCAUGCAGAGCCUGGUGAAGAUCCCAGAGAUCCAGGCCACCAUGAGGGACCUGUCCAAAGAGAUGAUGAAGGCGGGGAUCAUAGAGGAAAUGCUAGAAGACACUUUUGAAAGCAUGGACGAUCAGGAAGAAAUGGAGGAAGCAGCAGAAAUGGAGAUUGACAAGAUUCUCUUUGAGAUCACAGCAGGGGCCUUGGGCAAAGCACCCAGCAAAGUCACGGAUGAUCUUCCUGAGCCCGAGCUUCUGGGGGCCACAGCGGCGGCUGAGGAAGAAGAGGAGGAAGAUGAUCUGGAAGCCAUGCAGUCCCGACUGGCCACCCUCCGAAGCUAGGGAGGCUUUUGUCUGGCCGCCUGGUGGACACCCCUACUAGGACUCGGACAGCUUUUUCUAUAGCUCCUGUAAAUACUUUUGCAUUUGUUAUCACAUCACAGAGGAUUCUUUCUACUGAUUUCUGUGGCACUCCCCCGGCAGCGUGGGGUCGGCACAGGUGUGGAGAAGGGGAUAAUUAGCUCAAGGUGAUUGUUGUCACGCUAGUGUAUGAUUUCCAGAUCAAAAAGUGUCAAACUGGAGAAACAGCCUUUGAAGCAAGCCGUGGCUUCCCACAAAGCACUUUUACGGAUUCUGCUGCCUGAACGUUAAGUAUUCUGUACAUUUUUCUGAAAACACUAGAACGGCUUUUAAUAAAUUUCUGCUUUAAGUGUG